AUGUCCAGCCCGUCUGCAGGAAAGCGUCGCAUGGAUACUGAUGUGUUGAAACUAAUUGAGUCAAAACACGAGGUUACCAUUCUUGGAGGAUUAAAUGAGUUUUGUGUCAAAUUCUUUGGACCCAAAGGCACUUCAUAUGAAGGCGGGGUAUGGAAAGUAAGAGUGGACUUGCCAGAAAAAUAUCCUUUCAAAUCACCAUCUAUUGGCUUCAUGAACAAGAUAUACCAUCCCAACAUAGACGAAGUCUCUGGGACUGUUUGUCUUGACGUCAUAAACCAGGCCUGGACGGCCCUCUAUGAUCUUUCAAACAUUUUUGAAUCAUUCUUACCUCAACUACUCACUUAUCCUAACCCAAUCGACCCUUUGAAUGGCGAUGCAGCUGCGAUGUACCUUCACAAACCCGAAGAGUAUAAGCGAAAAGUCAAAGAUUACGUCAAGAAGUACGCCUCCGAAGAUGCACUUCGAGAGCAAGAUGACGAUUCAGACUCUAGUGAAAGCACAAUGAGUGAUUUUAGCGACGACGAAACGAAAGACAUGGAGAUGUGA